AAGCCAGCGGGCGGGUUUGGGCGGGAAAGAGGUCGGUGCAGGGCGCCCAGGAGGAGGAGGAAGAGGAGGCCUGGGCCUGACCGGGUACUGCAGAGGGCAUGGCGGUGCCCUUCGUGGAAGACUGGGACCUGGUCCAGACGCUAGGGGAAGGGGCCUAUGGAGAAGUCCAGCUGGCAGUGAACAGGCGGACGGAAGAAGCGGUCGCCGUCAAGAUCGUGGACAUGAAGCGGGCCGCGGACUGUCCCGAAAACAUCAAGAAAGAGAUCUGCAUCAAUAAAAUGCUGAACCACGAGAACAUAGUGAAAUUCUACGGGCACCGGCGGGAGGGCAACAUCCAGUACCUGUUCCUGGAGUACUGCAGCGGGGGAGAGCUCUUUGACCGCAUAGAACCCGAUGUGGGGAUGCCUGAACCUGAGGCCCAAAAGUUCUUCCACCAGCUUAUGGCCGGCGUGGUGUACCUGCAUGGCAUCGGGAUCACCCACCGGGAUAUUAAGCCAGAAAACCUUCUGCUCGACGAGAGAGAUAACCUCAAGAUCUCGGACUUCGGCCUGGCCACGGUGUUUCGGCACAACAACCGCGAGCGCCUGCUGAACAAGAUGUGCGGGACGCUGCCCUACGUGGCCCCGGAGCUGCUGAAGCGCAAGGAGUUCCGGGCCGAGCCGGUGGACGUCUGGUCGUGCGGCAUCGUCUUGACCGCCAUGCUGGCUGGAGAGCUGCCGUGGGAUCAACCUAGCGACAGUUGCCAGGAAUAUUGUGACUGGAAGGAAAAGAAAACCUACCUCCCACCUUGGAAAAAGAUUGAUUCCGCCCCGUUAGCCCUGCUGCAUAAAAUCCUGACCGAGAGCCCGACGGCACGGCUCACCAUCCCAGACAUUAAGAAAGACCGAUGGUACACGAAACCCCUGAAAAAAGUUGCGAAAAGGAGCCGGGCCUCUUCGGGCGGCCUGGCGGACUCCCCCGGGGGCUUUGGCAAGCACAUUCGCUCCAGCUUGGACUUCUCCCCCGUGAGCAGCGCCCUCAGCGAAGAUAAAGUGAAGUAUUCCAGCUCCCAGCCCGAGCCUCGCACGGGGCUCUCCCUCGGCGACUCCGGCCCCGCUGACAUCGACAAGUUGGUUCAAGGCAUCAGCUUCUCGCAGCCGGCCUGCCCGGACCACAUGCUGCUGAACAGCCAGCUCCUUGCCACCCCGGGCUCCUCCCAGAACCCUUGGCAGCGGCUGGUUAAGAGAAUGACCCGGUUCUUCACGAAGCUGGACGCCGACAGGUCCUACCACUGCCUGAAGGAGACUUGCGAGAAGCUGGGCUACCAGUGGAAGAAGAGCUGUGUGAACCAGGUCACGGUGUCGACGACGGACCGGAGAAACAACAAGCUGAUUUUCAAGGUGAACCUGGUGGAGAUGGGCGAGAAGAUCCUGGUGGAUUUCCGGCUGUCCAAGGGUGACGGGUUAGAAUUCAAGAGGCACUUCCUGAAGAUUAAAGGGAAGCUGAGUGACGUGGUGAGCAGCCAGAAGCUCUGGCUUCCUGCCACUUGAACCCCCGGCCCCAGGGUCGGCCACCGAAUCCAGCGCUGCUACGUUGCCGCUAUCUGCCCCGAGAAGGUCACGCCAAUUGUCACACCUGGGGCCGGAAGCCCCAGGUCCCGAGGGGUUCCCCCGACCCGUGACCUCUUCCCUCUCCUGCCCCCUCACCCCCUCAUCCCCCCACCCCCACCCCGUGCUCACACACACACUCCGUUUCUCCAAACCACGUUCCUCUCUCCCGGCCCUUUUCAUCCCCGUCGAAGCAGUACAGAAGCUGUGGAAAGGGGAUGCCCCGUAGGCUGAAAACUCCCCACCCCUGGCGCAUCCAAGAUGUUGAGUGACCAGGGUGGGCCAUGGUGGCCCCGAGUCGGUCGAUUCACCUCCGCGGGUAAUUUGGGUUGGGUUAUGCCUAGCAAAGUGUAUAUGUCUGUGUCCGCGUCCAUCUGUCUCUCUCUACACCCAAGUGCCUCUCUGGGUUUUUCCACCAGCUCCUUCCGCCCUCUGGAUUCGGCCUAGUUUGAGGAAAUGAACUGUGUUUCUCCAUGUGGAGUUUCUUUGGCUGUUCCUGGGCCUUUCCUGGGAGAGGUUGAGCCCCGGCCCCGUGCCUGCCGGCUUCUCUUCCUCUGAACCCACUACACUGUACGGACCCUUGGUAUUUGCACAUCGUGGUUAAGAGCGAGUGCGUGUGGUGUGUGUGCGUACGGAGCGUGUGCCGUGUGUGUUCGUUUGUAUCCUCUUUUCGUUUUGUUUGUUCCCCCAUUUCACACUGAGUUUUAUCUGCCACUACAGUAGUCAGAAAAAAAAAUUCUGCUUAGAAUCCACAUCGUUCCCAAGCCACGACCAGGACAGGUGGAGGCAGAGCGGGCAGGAGAGAGAGGGAGGGAGGGAGGGAGAGAGCAAGGGCUGGGCCUUGGUUCCCUGACCCUCUCUCUCACCAGAGAGGGUGGGUGGAUGGAUGGAUGGUAUCCAUGCUCUGGGAAUGUGCCCAUUUUCGAUGGGGACCGCCUCCCUCCCUCCCUCCCUUUCUCCCUUCUGCCUGACCAGCUCAUCGGCAGAGAUGGAUACACCCCUUGGGGAGAUUAAUAAAGGACUUGUUCAUUUCACUCAUCCGAGCUGGGCGUGCUGCUGGGGUCUGGGGUUUAGUCCCCCCACCCAGAUCCCCCAGGACCCCCGCGGUGUUGGCCGUGACCUGGGACCCGCCGUUCCUCCGCCGCAGAAGGACGGGCCCGGCUUCCGACAGCCCCGGGGUAAGCGGCGGGACGAGGGGAUUCUGGUGUUGGUUCACCCCACUUCCGUGCGGUCGCUCCUCUGCUCACAUGUGCGUCCCACACCCUCACCCUGAACAGACGCCCUCUCGCUCCAUCCCGCAAAACAGCACUCCUCUCCUGUCGCAAACACACCCCGCACCUCACUGCCCCAACGAAGGCCGAGACGCCAGCCCCUUUCCACCCACUCCUCCAGAGACGCCUUCUUGCCUGGGAGAUGAGAGGGAAGGAGCAGUUGCCGAUGCUCUGGGCAGGAACAGCCCCGAGGGUCCAGCCAGGAUAUCUGAUGUCCUAGUGGCCCCCGCCCCCUUUCAACGGGACCUUCCGUCCCCUCUCCCCGCUCGUGAGUUGCGGUCUCGGAUGAUGCCAAGAUGGAGUCUGUCUUGCCGCUCGUGUCCCGGCCCUUAGUCUCUUUCCCUUCUCGUCCCAGUCCUCACUGACACAAGACCAUUCUGUUCAUAAAGAUCCACAGUCACAACCUCUAUUCCCACCUCUGUGUCACCUGAAGUCUCGGUGCCUCACCCUUCCCCGACAGUAAAUUCUUCCCAAAGUAA